AAAAAGUCAAAUCUUGCACUUCCCCUUCCUCCUACAUAUAUGAUCGGCCUACGACAGCAUCGGUGAACAGCAUAAACAAUGGAGGACUCCGACGCCUCUAAGGUGACCGGAGAGAUCGAGACCGCAUCGCCGCCGGACCCGACACCCGCGAAGAGGGUCGUCCGGACGAAGGUGCCGGAGGUCGAGAUCCACCUGUUCCGGCAGGGCAAAGGUCCCGCCGACGUCUUCAAGGCCAGCUUGGGCGGGUGGGACCAGGACCAGCUCGAGGUCCGGGACAUCCUCGACAAGUACGGCCUCAAGUCCAUCUUCGCCUUCAAUCCCGGGUCGGGUCGCGGCGCCCCCAUCCGGUUCAACCCCAGGAACGGCCGCUCCAUGCUGCCCUACAAGGACGGUGCCGUCAUCUACAUCGACGGAGAGCCGAAGGACUCUUUGCUCAAGCCCAUUACCAAGAUCUUGAUUGGCAUAGCAGUCACGGCUCUCUUGUUAUCAUUAGUUUCGAAAGAAAAUCCAGAGUGGCUCCACAAGUUGAACAUCUUUGGCGGUAACUUCCCUCCAUGGAUCCUUGCAUGUGUAGUCAUUGUUUUCACUCGCAUGAGGAAGAGAACUAAGGACUUGCUGAAGAAGUAUGGUUGGUGAAGCAACGCAACUCCAGCAUUCAAAUGCUGGUUUGAUCCAGUGUUCUUGAGUCUCGUCCCAAAGAUAUGCUGGUGACUGAUUUAUUUUCAAAUUUGUUCCUGUAGUGAAGUGUGCAAUAACGGGUAGUAAACAACUCCUUUUUGGAAGUGAGCAAAUUUUGCGGGCAAAAGAUGUGCCGCUCGUACACAAUGCAGAUGCUAGUGUACGAUACUCUUACUUUUCCUACAACAGUUUUAUACAUGGUCACAACGAUUGGUCGUAAUGUCCUAAAUCAUAUCUACAACAUGUUAUGAUGUGUUUGUACUUAAUUACGACUACAUGCCAUUAUGUUGUAUUGUACACAUGAGGUUCUGUAGAAGUGCAUGAUCAUGAGGUUAUC